AGAGUGAACGGAGGAUGGACGAGAGGCAGAGAUGACUGAUUAAGUUUCAAAAGCUGUGAAAGGAACUGUUAAAACAGCUAUAGAUUACCAUGCGUGAGGUUUAAUGCAGGUUUUCAUGGCUGAGGUUUCCUUUGGAUGGUUGUGCCUGCAAGGGAGAAGCGCCUGCUAGAGCAGCAGUCUCUGCAUAAGUGCUGUUUGCUCAGUCGAGAAGUGUUUGCCUUUGGCAGGCAUGCAGACCUGGCUCCCUUAGGGAGGGCUGGGCCCAUGUGCAAGACAGGAGGGAAGCCUGCUCUCCACUCCGCUGGCCACGCAGAAUAGCAGAGGUGUCUUCCCCAGCCCCGGGAGCUGCUGAGCUGGGCUCUCCUGUGGAAGAGGCGGCAUGUUCAGCAGGUCUGCUGGGAGAGGAGGCCGAGGUGCUCCCUGGUGCUGUGAGGAGAGGUCCGGGCUGCCUCUCCCGCAGGGAGCAGCCUGAAGGGAGGAAAUGCCUGGAGGACUUGGGCCGGUCUGCUGCAUUGGUGAGGGGAGGGCCCAGCAUCCUCCUCUGGAUUCCCUGAACUGGGGCAGAUCCAGGUCGCUGAGGAGAGAACUUCUGCCCUCCCUGUCUUAUUUCCUGCUCCCUGUUUGGAACCGCUGUGAUUAGUAGUGGUGACUGCCUGAGCCAAAAGAAGCCAGCAGCCUGUCAGUUUUGGUACCACAGGACUGCAGGAGUGGACUUUGCCUGGCCAAGCUACUGGAGGUGGCCAUAGCUUUGUCAGGGACAGCCUCCCCAGUGUGGUCUUGGUCCAGCUGAAUGCUCUUAGAGGUGGUUUAAUGUGGUCUCUUGCAUUACAGGAAAGUCUGUCUCUGAAAAUAUAUUUCAAAAGACAGCAGAAGUUUUUAAGCCCUCUGGAUGUGGUGGAGAGGCUGGUCACAGCAGGCUUGGCCCCUGUUCUACAGGUGGAGGCUGUUCCCUGGUCCCGUCUGUCCAUUGUGUUUGCAACAGGUUUGUGUGAAGUGAAAUCUGCAUGGCACCUUCCUCCUCUAGCUCACCCGAGCAUCCUGUAAACAGCAAUUUAUGGUUGCAGCAGCCUGGGAGACUGGUAAAUAAGUGUAACUAAUUCCUACAAAUAAGGAACGCUGUCUAGGCAGUGAUGAACACCACAGAAAUGUCUGUGUACAAUUGCUUAUCUUGUACUUGUCUCAGGGCAGAUGAUUUCCACAGGUUUAAAUGGAGCCAAAAGACUGAUGUAGUUUUUUACCCUUGACAAUCUCUAUGCCAGAGGGUAACUCAUUGGCCCUGUUACUCUACCUUGGUUACUCUACCUUAGAGUAAUGACUCUAGAAUAAUGGACUGCACGUCUGUUCCUUCUAGCUCACCCUCUGGCCCAUCAUCUCACUGCUGCUUCUCUGGGGCUUUGGUGCUUAAUACGAGGGGAAGAGGACCUCAGUUUGCUGUGUGAGUAGUGGAGGAGGCAUGAGUCCUCAGGCUGAAGGGGCUGGUGAGGGAGUCUGUCCUGAGAAAAGUCAGUGUGCUAUGCCACACUCCCUAAAAGCUCAUAGGCCUUGGGUGUUUUCCCCGUGGCUGACAAGUGCAGACUGCUUGGUGUGUAUGCUUCUGCUGGUGGUGCCCACUGGCGUAACCAAAGGAAAUGCUGUUUUGGGGACAGUGCACCUCUCUUCAAAAGUGUAGAGCUGCAAAAUCCAGUGAAGAAAGGAGCUUGUGCUUCCAAACAGUGGAUAAAAGAAGGGUAGAAGGGACAAGAGAGGUGAAAGACGAGGUGAACAGGUGGAAAAAGCCCUGCUUACACUGUGUGGGAAGCUCUGUAGCUUGAGUGUAUGUUUUGUGUUUAUUGGGGAGAAAAAACAGUGACAGGGUAGCAAAGGGAGGGAAACCUGGAACUGUUGUGGCCUUCCAGGGCAUACGCUCUCUCAUCCAUAAACUACAGGAGAAGAUGACAAUAUAACCAGGAAUAACUGCUCUGCAAAGUCUGCUCUUCUGGGCUGAGUCUGAGCCUGGUCUUGAAGAAGGACGUGCCUGGUUUGUACACCAAAUGCAAGGAAGGCAGACAGCCCAGAAGAGUUUACAGUUGACGUCUCUGGCUGUAACACAGCAGCUCAACACCGGUUUCUAACUGGCCUGAGACAACUUCCUGGGGAAACCUGGAGGGACAGCGUGGGCAAGCUUGGAUAUGAGGAAAAAUUUCUUCACCUGAAGAGUUAUCAAACAUUGGAACAGGCUGCCCAGGGAACUCGUGGAAUCACCAUCCCUGGAGGUAUGGAUGGGAAGAAAUGCAGCGUGUGGAUGUUUUUACCUCUCGUGUUUACCCUGUUUACAUCAGCUGGAUUAUGGAUAGUGUACUUUAUAGCAGUGGAAGACAACAAAAUUCUCCCACUGAAUGUACCAGAUAGGAAACCUGGUUCCAAAAGACCACCUUAUAUAAGUAUUGCAGGUGACACACCUCCUGCAAGCUGCGUGUUUAGCCAAGUCAUGAACAUGGCGGCAUUUCUAGCGCUUGUCAUGGCUGUCCUGCGCUUCAUUCAGCUGAAGCCCAAGGUGCUGAACCCUUGGCUGAACGUUAGCGGCCUGGUGGCGUUAUGCUUGGCCUCUUUUGGGAUGACCCUACUUGGCAACUUUCAGCUUUCCAACGAUGAGGAGAUCCACAAUGUGGGCACAUCGCUGACCUUUGGUUUUGGGACCUUGGCGUGCUGGAUCCAGUCUGCCCUCACCCUCAAGAUCAACCUGAAGAAUGAGGGAAGGAAAGUCGGGAUUCCACGAGUCGCCCUGUCGACCAGCAUUACCCUCUGUGUGGUGCUCUAUUUCAUCCUCAUGGCACAGGGCAUCCACAUACAUGCUUCCAGGAUCCAGUGGGGUCUGGUGAUGUGCUUCCUGUGCUACUUUGGCACGUUUGCAGUGGAGUUUAGGCACUACAGAUUUGAGAUCGUUUGCUCCGAGUACCAGGAAAACUUUCUGAGCUUUUCCGAAAGCUUAUCGGAAGCCUCUGAGUACCAGACAGAUCAGGUGUAGCCUGUCCUCUGGCAGGGGGAGGGGGGCAGGUGUGGUCUUGUGGGUUAAACAUGACCUCAUUUACACUUUUUUGAUUAGUUUGUUUUCAUGUGCAAUCAUGAUUGUAUUGCCAAAGGGCUCUGAGGGUGGCUGUCUCAGCAAGAGCCAAACAAAAAUAGCUGUCUGCUGAAAGGAGUGGAUUCUUCUCAGCGGCAGCAUUAGAGAGCACAAACUGUUUGGUUUGUGCUACCAGCGACUCUUUCUGAGUGGCUCUGUCACACUCCUGUUGUUCAAAACAUUCAAUAGCAAGUCCUCACGAUGCCCCUCCGAGACAGGCACUCCUCAGCCUGUUCUGCAGAGGAGGAAAUGAAGGAAACAGACUUCUCCGGGCACUGAGUCUUCAGGAGUUGACGGUUCCCGAGUCACCAGACUACAUCUUUCAUGUGUUUCUUGGAUUGUUUCCUUUGCUGCCAGCUGUUGUAAUUUGGUAGGAUGAGAAAGAGUGACUACUUCUCGACUUGGAACCGGGCAGUGGAAGACCCCAACUGACUGGCUUUUAUGGCGAGCAGGCAGGCAUUUCUUCCAGCCUGGAAAGCAGCCGACAGUAAAGCUGGGUUUGGGAGAAACUGUGCUGUGAUCAGGAAACGAGACUUGGCCAAUGCUGCCUCGUAACUGGACAGACUGUCCCCAGGCCAGAGGAGAUGGCACAGUGGGGUGCUGUGCUUGGCUUUUUCUUUCAGACCCAACAGCGGGGGCUGGUGGAAGCAAGGUGCUGAGUUCAGAUGGGAAUGCCUGCAUGCUCUGAAGAUGACCCGGAAAAGGCUGCUCUUUCCAACAGCCUCCCUCAGGAGGGACAGGUGAAGGUACAGAUCAGAGCUCAGGAAGGCCACACGCACAUUAGUACUCUACUUUGGAUGUCCACGAGAGCGAGCUCAAGCGCAGCCACACAGAAAUGAGUAAGUAGCAAGUGACACCCAUGCACAAAGUGGCAGCAGCGGGGAACUGGGGUUUGGGACUGCUUCUGCUUCCGCUAUUGCUGGGUAUAACCUAGCUGUGCCUCUACACAGCCCCUACUGAGCCCCUGCUGAAAUUGUACGACAGUCAGGGAGGUGAUACAGCUUCCUUGGCAGGACAUGGCUGUCUGCCUUAAAGAAAGGACCUGGGAGGGCAAAAGCAGGAAAACAAAAUGUUCACGGGUCUUAAAAAAAAAAAAAAAAAAAAAGAGAUUUGCCUUUAGGUGCUGGGAUCACUGGUGACAGACAGAAAGGCUAAAUACUGGGAUGGAGUAUUCCCAAAUGAAAUACUGGGAUAAUGAAAGCAA